AUGAUCCUUGCAGUUACUGCAACUACUGAGUCAAUUAAAGCACUAGAAAUGUUGAGGGAAAACAAAAACAAGUUUGAUCUUGCUAUUAGUGAUGUAAUUAUGCCACACAUGGACGGAUUUAAGCUCCUUGAAAUUGUGGGACUCGAGAUGGACCUACCUAUCAUCAUGCUGUCAGGAGACAGUGAUACGAAGCAAGUGAUGAAAGGUGUUACACAUGGUGCAUGUGACUAUUUAAUUAAACCUCCUAAAAUUGAAGUUUUGCAAAACAUAUGGCAACAUGUACUGCGAAAGAAGAUUGACUGCAAGGUUUGGAAUGUUGAGUUGCAUAAAAAGUUUGUUGAUGCAGUUAAUCAACUAGGCAUUGACAAGGCUAUUCCUAUGAAAAUACUUGAUUCGAUGAACGUUGAAGGAAUUACAAGAGAACAUGUAGCAAGCCAUCUGCAGAAAUACAGGUUGGCCCUCAAGAAGGCAACUCAUCAAGGUAGCAUGGUUGAUGGAUUGGGUUGCAGUAACCCUUAUGUGCAAAUGAGUUCAAUAAAUAGACAUGAAAAUUUUAACACUUUGUCUGGAUCAGGAAGAAUCUUAACAACUACACCACAACAUUCAUAUAAAUCUGGUGGAAUGUUUGGUAGGCUGAACUGCCCAACAGGCUUUAAUUUGAGAGGAAUGGGUUCCUCUGAACUGGCCGGGCCUAUUCGGUCGCAUUAUAUUAACAGAUCCAUAAAAUCACUAGGAAACAUUCAGCUGCCUAAGUUUGCUGCAAAUCAAAGCUCUAGUUUAUCGCAAGGCAUUCCAAAAUCAAUUGAGCUUAAUCAAUUUCAGAAGAGCAACAAUAUUGUGCAGUUUAAUCCAAUUGGUGGGUCAACUGAAUUUACUGAUUCCUCUACUGGAAAGUAG